CCAACCCAUUGCAAUCGAGAGCUCGAGACAAAAAUGGUCGCCUCGUCGGAGCAGGCGGCCCAGCCCCUCUUCGGCCGCGUGGCCAUCGUGACCGGCGCGUCGCGCGGCAUCGGGCGCGCCAUCGCGGCCCACCUCUCCGCGCUCGGCGCCAGCGUCGUCGUCGGGUACGCGUCCAGCGCCGAGGAGGCCGACGCGCUCGCUGCGGAGCUCCCCCGCGCCGUGGCGGUCAAGGCCGACGUGGCCGACGAGGCAGGCGUCCGUGCCCUGUUCGACGCCGCCGAGUCGGCCUUCGGUGCCGGGGCGCACAUCCUCGUGGCCAACGCCGGCGUGCUCGACGACAGGUACCCCCACCUGGCGAACACCCCCACGGCCGACUUCGACCGCACCAUCGCCAUCAACCUGCGCGGCGCGUUCCUCUGCCUCCGCGAGGCGGCGAACCGCCUCCCCCGCGGCGGCGGCGGCCGCAUCGUGGCUAUCACCUCGUCGGUGGUCGCGUCGCUGCCGCUGGGCUACUCGGCGUACACGGCGUCCAAGGCGGCGGUGGAGGCCAUGGUGCGGACGAUGGCGAAGGAGCUCAAGGGGACGCGCAUCACGGCCAACUGCGUCGCGCCGGGCCCCGUGGCGACGGACAUGUUCUUCGCCGGGAAGGACGACGAGUGGGUGCGGCGCACCGUGGAGGCCAACCCGAUGGGGCGGCUCGGCGACCCCGGCGACAUCGCAGCGAUGGUCGGCUUCCUCUGCACCGACGCCGCCGAGUGGACCAACGGCCAGGUCAUACGUGUCAACGGUGGAUACGUCUCUUGAGGUUGUUGGUGAGUGGCACGAAACGUCGCGUGUUAGAAUGUUGCAGAAAACUGGAAUAAAUUUGGGAACAUUUGAUACGAUUUAAAUCAAAUGGAAUAAAAGUUCGGUUUGAACCAAUCGAUGUGGUCAAAAUCAAUGCUAUGUGUUAAAUAUUUGGAUUGAUCUAAUUCAUUCAUAGGAGUGAUCUUAUCCAUCGAUAUGCAAAGGUGGUUAUUGGAAGGAUGUUUAUUCUCUAGGAGAAACACACCUUUCUCUUCCCUAACGGAUGCCUUUGUGAGACGAGUACAACGUUUACUUCCACGAUGUGAUUCACAUCGUAUUCUCUAUGUAUAUAUUGAAUUGAUGAUGAAUGGAACAUUUUUUUUCUCUCUGUCAUACUUUCUCACAUUAUGGUUGAACCAAAUCAUCCAUCAACCGCAGCUUUUUCCUACUGCACAC